AUGAUUGACCAGUUCGUGAUAUUCACCCCGUCAGGGCUUGUGCUAUAUCGCCAUGCUCCUAGAAAGAUACCAGACUCUGUAAUCAAUUCAUUGAUCAGUAAUGUCUUCAUUUCUGAUAAUGCCAGAUCACUUGAUGAUGAUGCACAAGUGGAUACUUAUAAUACCGGGAACUCUACAAUCAAGUACAAGAGUGUGAACAACCCAAAUAUAGUGGUUGCCACAGUAUAUCCUUCAUUGACUCCAUUGAAAUAUUCAGAAGAAUUGGUUGAUGUGGGUGUUAAAUUAUUUGUUGAAUUAUUGGGUGAUGGUAUAGUGGAAAAUAUUGGGAAUCAAAAACAUCCAUUGUAUCAAUUAGAAGAAGAACGUGUUAAAUUUGAUAGAUAUUUGAAAUCUAAAUUAAGUGAUUUUGAAUUACAAAGUCAAAAUUCAAAUGCUGAAUCAUCACCAUCAUUGGGUGAUAAAGAAUUAGACAGUGGAGCAUCAACACCAAAUAAAAAGACUAAUGGUGGUAAAUCCACCAGUAAAAACACUAAGAAGUUCCGUAAAUGGGGUGCUGAUGGUAUGGUUGAAGAAGAUUCAGAUUUCCAAUUAGAUUUUUCUUCUGGUGAUAUUCAACAAAACUCAAAUUCAGCUCAAACUGAAAGUUCAUUAGCAUCACAAAUCGAUACUGAAAAUUAUGGUAAUAAAGAUAGUAAAACAGGUGCAUUUUUAGUUAAAGAUUUAAAUGAUGAAAUUGAAGCUAUUUUAAACAGCUCUAAGAAAAAACAACAAGAAACUAAAGAACCAUUUGGAUUUUUGAAAAAAUUUACUGGUGGUAAAACUAUAACUUCUGAAGAUAUUAAAUCAACUUUAUCAGAAUUACAAAAUCAUUUAAUUAGAAAAAAUGUUGCACCAGAAGUUGCACAACAUUUAACACAUAAUGUUGAAAAAGCCCUUGUUGGUUCUAAGACUAAAAAUUGGACUAGUAUACAACAAACUGCAAAAGAAGCAUUAGCAAACGCAUUAACUAAAAUCCUUACCCCAGGUACCUCAGUUAACCUUUUACAAGAUAUUAGAGCCAACAAGAAACCAUAUGUUAUUUCAGUUGUUGGUGUUAAUGGUGUUGGUAAAUCAACAAAUUUAUCCAAAUUAGCAUUUUGGUUAUUACAAAAUGAUUUUAAAGUUCUUAUUGUUGCAUGUGAUACGUUUAGAUCAGGUGCUGUGGAGCAAUUACGUGUUCAUGUUAAUAAUCUUAAAAGAUCAAAUGAAGAUCAAAUUGAAUUAUUCGAAGGUGGUUAUGGUGGUUCUGAUUUAGUUGCCAAAAUUGCUAAAAAUGCUAUAGAAUAUGCUAAAAAGCAAGAAUUUGAUAUAAUAUUGAUGGAUACAGCUGGUAGAAGACAUAACGAUGCAAGAUUAAUGGCACCAUUAGCAUCAUUUGCCAAAGCUGCUAAUCCAAAUAAGAUUAUUAUGGUUGGUGAAGCUCUUGUAGGGACUGAUUCUGUUCAACAAGCUAAAAAUUUUAAUAAUGCAUUUGGUGCUGGUCGUACCUUGGAUUUCUUUAUCAUAAGUAAAUGUGAUACUGUGGGUGAUUUGAUUGGGACAAUGGUUAAUAUGGUUUAUGCUACCAAUAUUCCAAUUUUAUUUGUUGGUGUGGGUCAAACUUAUACUGAUUUACGUACUUUAAGUGUUGAAUGGGCUGUUAAUAUCUUGAUGAGCUAA